GAUCUUCUAUCUAAAUCCCAUUUGUCUAACACGGCCAUUUCUCCCCAAAAAAAAUUCAGAUAUCAAUCGUCUUUCCACUAUCUCCCUCACUGUAUCUCGACGUUCUCCUGACUCCGCUACUCUCUCCAUCUCGGCGUCAUCCUCACUCGGUCUGUGGCAUCCUCUAUCUUCUCAUUUCCUUUUGUUUUGUUUUUAUCACGGUCCUAUCAGACAGUAAACCACCUCUGUUUUUCGAAGUACUCUUGCUCGGCUUUGAUGUGCAUGACAUUGUCUCCGGUGGUGCGUGUUCUAUUUUAGGCAGGGCUUGAAAUCAGAUUGUAUUACUUCAACACUUUCUGCAAGUGAAAUUAAUCUCAGAAUUUUUGUUCAAGAUGGCGUUUAGGAUGCUAAUGCUGAGGAGCGCUCGAGGGAAGAUAACUAACUUGUUAGGACUUAGGUGGAGUCAUGGUGCUGCUAUUCCUGGCCCAUUGGAUGGGCUCAUAGGUGGUAAUGUGAUAUCUCCACUGAUGGUUUUGCCAGAGGUAUCUCUAGAGGAUUCUAACAAUAAUAGAAAUAUUGGAUUUGGUUUCCAAAUUUUCUCAUUUGGUGGAUCGAUGGAACUCAUGGCUGUCCCUAAGAGGAAGACUUCUCCACACAAGAGAGGCAUAAGAAAUGGUCCUAAGGCUUUGAAGCCCACUCCAGUUAUAGUAAGAUGCAGGGGUUGUGGUCGAGUCAAAUUGCCACACUUCUAUUGUUGCAGUGGGGACAGGGGCAAUACAGGUGAUCAAAAUGUUUCUACAAGAUGAGCGAAUAUUUGACUACAUAAGCAAAACCUUCAAGGAGCUGUAGAACAUUCGCCGAAGCUCUAAUGGGUUGAAAAACAAAAUCUAGUUCGAAAUAGGAAUUUUGCAGUUUUUUUGUAGAAAUGCUUGGUGAAUUGAGAACUUGUGCUCCCCUCUGUUCAAUGUUGCACCAAGAUCAAGGAAAUGCACUUGCCUUGAGAAUAAUGUUAUGUGAGAUUUGAACCCAAAUCAAUACACAAUUAUUGAGAUUCGCAGUUUU